AUGUCCAAUUCAGAUACUACAUCUCCAACCGUAACAGUUAAAGAUGAAGUGAAGACUGAGAUUCUUGACUAUGUUAUAAAGAAGGAAAUAAAGUGUGAGCUAGAGGAAGCCACCGGGAAGUCACAUGGUAGCCUUGUCAUACAUCAGCGUAUUCACUCUGGUGAGAAACCCUACAAGUGCAAGGAAUGCUCAUAUAAAUGUUCUCAUAAAAGUAGCCUUGUCAGACAUCAGCGUAUUCACUCUGGAAAGAUUGCCAUGUCAAAUUCAGAUACUACAUCUCCAACCGUAACUGUUAAAGAUGAAGUGAAGACUGAGAUUCUUGACUAUGUUAUAAAGAAGGAAAUAAAGUGUGAGCUAGAGGAAGCCACCGGGAAGUCACAUGGAAAGAUUGCCAUGUCCAAUUCAGAUACUACUUCUCCAACCGUAACUGAAGAUGAAGUGAAGACUGAGAUUCUUGACUAUGUUAUAAAGAAGGAAAUAAAGUGUGAGCUAGAGGAAGCCACCGGGAAGUCACAUGGAAAGAUUGCCAUGUCAAAUUCAGAUACUACAUCUCCAACCGUAACUGUUAAAGAUGAAGUGAAGGCUGAGAUUCUUGACUAUGUUAUAAAGAAGGAAAUAAAGUGUGAGCUAGAGGAAGCCACCGGGAAAGAGUUCAUACCCAAGAAAAACCUUUUAAAUGUGAAGAGUGCUUAUAUACAUGUUCUCGAAGAGGUCAUCUCGUCCUACAUCAACGUAUUCACUCUGCGUAUUCACUCUGGUGAGAAACCCUACAAGUGUAAUGAGUGCUCAUAUACCUCUUCUCGUAAAGGUAGCCUUGUCAUACAUCAGCGUAUUCACUCUGGUGAGAAACCCUACAAGUGUAAUGAAUGCUCAUAUGCUUGUUCUCAUAAAACCAGUCUAGUCAGACAUCAGCGUAUUCACACGGGUGGAAAUCCCUUUAAAUGCAAGGUAUGCUCAUAUGCUUGUUCUCGUGAAAACAGUCUAGUCAUGCAUCAGCACAUUCACACGGUUGAAAAUCCCUUUUAA